GUCAGUGCCUCCGCGCUAUAUCGAGACACCCGCGAGUCAGUUGUACUAUUAAAUCCAAGGUGGAGGAGUGAAGGCACAAAAAGAGCAGCUCAUUUGAGCUAGUCUCCAUCAUCAUCAUCAUCAUCAUCAUCAUCAUCAUCAUCAUCACCAUCAUCAUCAUCAUCAUAAUUAUUUCUUUCUUUGAUCUGCUGGUCAAGGAAUAUCAAGUCAAAUGGUGCGUGUGAGAAGGUUCUUUACACCACGGAGUAAACGGUGAUAUCAUCAUCAUCAUUAUCAUCAUCAAUAACGUAAAUUAGGUGCUAUGGGGAAUGCAUCAGCUAAGAAUGCAAGAAGACUAUCAACAUCAACCGGAAGUAACUCCAAGAGAGUCCACUGGGGUGGUCCAGGACUUCCGGCGCCACCAGGAAAGCCAGUUCUAAUUCCCGGUUCAUCGGAUGACUCUCAGCCAGACAUUGUCGGUAUACGAUGGGAACGAUCACCUAGCAAUGGUGGUUCCGCGAUAAUUGGUUAUUUAGUUGAACAUCGACGUAUGGGCUCACCGCAUUGGGUCAGAUCAUCGCCAAACCUCUGUCCAUUUCCGGAGUUAACUCUCAGUGGACUAGAACCAGGAUGGAGGUAUCAGUUUCGCGUGAGAGCGCAGAACGGUUUAGGACUCUCUCAACCGAGUGAACUGUCAGAUCCGCUGACAGUUACGCUUCAAAGAUCAGCAGCCACAAUACCACAUUUUGAAUUGGAACUGAAAGAUACCACCGCACUUGAAAAUGAACAAGCAGAAUUUGUUGUUAAAUUUUCUGGAUUACCGGUUCCUAAAAUUUCGUGGUUCAAAGAUGGGUUUGAAAUUUUCAGCAGCAGAAGAACAAGAAUAAUUACAGAGAAUAAUAAAAGUACACUUCUUAUUCAUCAGACAGCAUUAAAUGAUGAAGGGGAAAUAAAAUGUACGGCUACAAACCGUGCUGGACAUAUAAGCACUCGAGCAAGACUUAUUCUCGAAGCUGCGCCGAGAAUAAGACUUCCUAGACAGUAUGAAGAUGGGCUUCUUUUCGAGCAAGAUGAAGCAAUUAGACUGAAAGUAUCCAUAGCAGGAAAACCAGUACCGAAUGUUACCUGGUUACACGACGGUGAAGUUAUAAAGUCAGAUGAUAGGCACAUAAUUGAUGCGUUUGAUAGUGGAGAGUGUUCAAUGAGGAUACCAGCAGCCAAGAGAAAAGACCGUGGAGAGUAUACUGUGAAAGCUGUUAAUAAACUUGGAGAAGAUAUUGCUUCCUUUCUAGUUACCGUUACAGAUCGUCCAUCGGCUCCAGGAAAAGCCAAGAUAGCGAUGACCUUGGGCAGAUCCGUGACAUUGUCUUGGAAUGAACCCGAAGAUGACGGUGGCUGUAAAAUAGGGACAUAUAUUCUUGAGUAUUAUCGUAUUGGUUGGGACGUUUGGCUAAAAGCAGCAACUUGUCGGCAACCAACUACGACCUUGAGCGAACUCAUUGAGGGUUCGGAGUAUAAAUUUCGCGUUAAAGCUGAAAAUCCAUAUGGUGUUAGCGAUCCCAGUGAAGAGAGUGAUGUCAUCUUCAUUCCAGACCCUAAAAGAGGAAUAAACGCACCUUUACGGGCAGAUAAAUCACAGAGUCAACGAGAAAUACAUCGAGGUAGAGCUGAAAGACGUGAUCAAAGUGAACCGGCUAAAAGAACUCGUAGUUUAACACGCGAAGAAGCGAUCCGUGAUAUUCCUACUAAUGAAUUUCAGACUCCGCCUUCAAGAUCAGCAUCAGCACAUAAAUUAGUUUUAGGACCGCCACCGAAACCACCUCGUGCUGAUAGCAGAGUUACUUUUUCAGAUACUGUUUUUUUGCAUGUUGAAAAACCUCUUGAAGAUGACGAUGCGCCCGUUGCACCAACAAGACCAAGAACCAAAAGAGAUAAACAACAAAAUUCUACAGAUGAUGAAGUAGUAAAAGAAAAACAUCAGGUUAUCAGUGUACCGGAAAGGUCAUUAAAUAUUCCGACGUUUACUAGACAAACGACUUUUGAUGAUUCUGAAAGAACGUAUUCAUUAACAAAAGAAAAAUCACCGUCACCAUUGCCGACAAUUCAAAUCCAUCAUAUGAGUGGUGAUGAUCGUGAAAAGGAGCGGCGUUUAUUGCCGCGAGAAGCUACUGAAGAAGAAGAUGAAGAGGACGAAGAAAAAUUCCAUGGUAGUUCAGAAAUUAUGUUAGUACUUUAUCCAGACGAAGAGACUGGUAAAAAAAAUCCGUUGAUAAGAUCCGCUUCUGAAGGUGACGCUGAAGAAAAUGAUGAAGAUUUAUUGCCUCCACCGAUGUCAUUAUCAUUACCAGAAUUAUUUAGCGCAGAUCAUCAGAUUGUAGAGAUACUUCGCGAGGCUGUAAGCUCUACAGAACUCCUGCAUGAACGUGCGAUGGAGAGAUUUUAUAAGGCGGUUGCAGUUGAGGAGGCAGAAGCAGCCAAGAAAAAUGAGUCAGGAGUAAUCGAAAAGCCCAAAGAAGGUCUAGAUUUUAUAUCUGGUCGCUUGAGAAAUACACGAUUGAAAAGAAGAUUAUCUUCGGGAUCUCCUACACAAGCGAAAAAUAAAUGGAGUCGCAGACGAUCGAGUGAAGGACAAACCUCUCCGCAGUUACGAGGAAUUCCAGCGAGUCUUAUGCUUCCAGUACCUCAGAUUAUUGCUUCAGAUCCAAAUUUGCAUGAGGAUUCGAUCGAUGAAGAGCCAGCUACAACUUUUCAGCCAACAUCUCCAACUCCGUCCGCUGGCUUGCGUCAUUGGGACGACAAAAAUAUGCCUUUAGUACCAGAAAAACAUGCUGAAGAAUACGAACUACAGACUGCUGAAGAAUCUUUUACUCAUGUUGAGUAUCGACGUGACGUUAAAACUCCAGACAGAGAAAUUGCUUACGAUUCAAUUGUUGCUGAUGACUAUGAAGAAUCAACUGAUGCUGAAACAGAGCCUGAGAGUGACAGCAGCGAAGACUUGAGAACACUCAAGUCCAGAAUACUAGCACAACCAAUUAUGGAUGAAGAAGACACUUAUCAUCCACGUGGGCGACCCAUUCUUUAUGUCCCACCCCCAGACCCCGAGUAUAGAGUUGUAGACACUUCUGUACAAGCUAGACCUCUUUACACGCCCAACAAUAACAUCCAGCCCAAGUCAAUAUUAAAAAAACGCACAGAAGAAGAUCCCGUGCCUGUUAAUAAUUUUGGCCGGCCUAUUCCUCCGGAGAAGCCGAUUGUAGAACGUCCGAAAAAUACUGAAGAUGUUAAAGAUAACAAAGAGGUACCACAGGAGCCUAUUGUUACUUUAAGAAAAAAAUCACUGACUGAUUUAUCUGGUACUGCAACAAAUGCUCCCGUUAUGUCUGAAUUAGAUAGUGAUAAUGCAAGUCUAUUGAAUGCUGCUGAAGUUGCUAAAAAUAGAAGACGAUCUAAUCAAAAACCGGUGGUAGAAAAAAAAUCGUCGGUUGAAGAAAGAGAGGAUUUAGAAGCAAGACAAGCAGUCGUUGAUCAUUACAUGGAAAUCGUACGUGAAUAUUCACUAAGUCAUGCUGUUCAUCCUAUUACGAGGUAUGCGUCCAAUGGAGCAUUGAAUAAUAGUAAUAAUAGUAACAAUAAUACUCAGAAUAAUAAAAUAAAUUCAAAUAAAAUGGAUUCUGGAUUGAUUCCAAGUCCGACAGUUCAGACAAAACAAAUAGAAAAUGUUUCAAUGAAAAAAGAUGAGGAAAUACGGGGAAGAAAAAAUAAUGUCAGUUCAAGAGUUACUACUCCUACCCCCACUCCCACUUCAACUCCAGCUCCAGCUUUGACUUCAUCUCCAGUAAAAGAAGACACAAGAUCUAGCCGAAGAGUUUCUAGAAAUGAACCAUCAGCACCAAGAUCAAGAAAUGUUUCAGCAGAAAGAAAUCCUAGAUCAUCAUCAAAGACUAGAACUUCAUCAUCAACAAGAUCUUCAUCAAAAACAAGAGCCCAAGAAGUAACGCAAGAUCGUGUGCCUUCAAGAUCUUCUUCGCGAACACGAAAACGUGAAAAAUCACGAGACAGAGAACCUCCAGCUUCGCGAUCAUCUUCACGACAAAGAGGGGAAGCAGCACAAAGUAAAAUUUCAUCAAGAAAUAGCUCGAGGGAACGAUUCAGAACCGUCGAUGUAAGUCCUAGUGAUUCAGAAACCUCCCAGAGAAUGAUGGGGAGAAAAAUAAACAGCCAUCGAUCUCUAGAGAGACACAGACGAAAUUCACGAUCUUAUGAUAGGCCGGACAUGAAGAAUAAUUUUGAACUACCGGCUAAUGGAAUCACUGAGCGAUUGAUGGCUGAAGCCCAUUUUAAUGUCAGAUCAUCAAUGAGUUACACUAUUGAUUUAAUUAUUCUAAUCGCCGCCGCCUAUGUCUAUUUAUUUAAAAAAGAAGUAUUUGCGAUUCCGCUGAUUUGUCUUCUUCUUUACCGCAGAGUCCAGGAAGAUAUCAGAGGCUGGAUACCCAAAUGGUGGAAAGCGAAACCUCGAGAACAAUAAUUAUAUAAUAAAUUUAUUUUAAUAAAUAAAAAAAUAAUUUAAUAAACUGUUAAUCAUAAAUUUAAAAAUAUAUAAAUAUAUUUAUUGAAUUAAUUUACAAGACUUUUAAGUAUUUAUGGAAAUUUAUAAUGAUUUAAUUGUUUUAUUAAAAUAAUUGAA